AUGGCACGCAAACUGAGCCACCAAAGGGUCACCUAUGUCCUCCCCUUACCUGAUGCCCCAGGCGGGCAUCGGCUGGGGGUCAAUGGUCUAACCGUUGACCAUCAGAACUCCAUCCUAUACUCCGCGGGCCGCGACGGUGUCAUAUGUUCCUGGGACCUUGACUUUCCCCUUGCUUCCUCCUUUGCGCCAUCGAACGGACUUUCUUCAACCAAGAAGCCCGGUCCGACUGGCUUCAAGACCCAGGUCCAAGCCCACAGUCAUUGGAUCAACGACAUCGUCUUGGCACAGGACAACUCUGCGCUCGUUUCCGCCUCGUCCGACACGACCGUGCGACUGUGGCGCCCACAUUCUGAGUCCGUCGAAGUACCGGAGCGGAUCGGAAAACAUACAGAUUACGUGAAAGCGUUGGCGAGCCCAGGCAACCAUGCUAGUUGGGUUGCCUCAGGCGGUCUCGACCAAAAGGUCUACUUGUGGGAUCUGAACGGCGGCGGAGAGACACUCAGCAUCAAUGCCGGCGGGGAAGAUUCUACAGAUAAGGGGUCUGUCUAUGCGCUGGGCGCCGUCUCAUCGGUGCUCGCUAGUGGUGGACCCGAGAAUGUUGUCCGAGUGUGGGAUCCCAGGUCUGGGAAGCUGGUGACCAAAUUCGUGGGACAUACCGAUAACAUUCGUGACAUACUAAUAAAUCAAACUGGUGAUACCAUCAUGACAGCCUCCUCCGAUCAAACAAUCAAGAUUUGGUCUCUCACGGCGGGUCGGUGUAUGAACACACUGACAAUGCACAAUGACAGCGUGUGGUCUCUAUACUCAGACCACCCUGACUUAUCAGUCUUCUAUUCCAGUGAUCGAUCCGGCUUGGUUGCUAAGACUGAUACGCGCGGAUCCCCAGACCCCGAACAGGGUACAUCUGUUGCUGCUCUGCAAGAGCACGAGGGCGUUGUCAAGGUUGUGGCGGCUGGAGACUACAUCUGGACAGCCACUCCCAAAUCAAGUAUCAACCGAUGGCGAGACGCAGAUACGACCCUUGAAAUCGAGGCGCCGCCUGACCCAGCCCGCACAAUAGACUCUGCUGCCGCACCCGCAGACCCGGCGAAAACGGGACACGAGAAGAUCCCAUUCAAUGCGGUUUUGCAAUUAUCAGCUGCAUCAGUUCUCGGCAGUCCCAAAGCAAACACCUCGGAGCCAAACCUUGACCUCCUUGGCCUGACUAUCCCGAUCCAUUCUUUGCCAGAAGAGUCCAUUGAGGGCCAGCAUGGAUUGAUCAAGUGUUUGAUGUUGAAUGACCGGAGACGCACACUUACCCAAGAUUCGGCUGGCGAAGUUGUUCUCUGGGAUCUGAUAAAGUGUCUCCCUGUUCAAUCGUUUGGCAAGCGCCAUAUAGAUGAUGUUGCAUCUGAAAUCAACACCAUCGACAGUAUUGCGCACUGGUGUGCAAUCGACGUCCGUACCGGCAGGUUAUCGGUCAUUCUGGAGCCUAAUCGUUGUUUUGACGCGGAAGUCUACGCGGACGAGACCGAUCUAGCACCAUCAGAUGUGCCAGACUUGCGAGAUGAUCAAAGGAUCAAUCUUGGGAAAUGGAUUUUGCGUUGGCUCUUUGCUCCGGUGGUGGAUGAAGAAGUUCGACAGGACAUUGAAUUCCGCAAAACCGCCGUAGAAAGGGCAGAAGAGCUUUCGCGAUCGAAUCAGCUCAGUAUGUCUGUACCAAACGAUGACAUUCCUCGCAGCGUUGGUAUUCCAAUCUCCAACCCCAAUGGCAGAUCGAGCUUGCGCCCUGGGUCAGAUUUCCCCGGAAGUCCAAGCACUGGCUUUGGAAUCAACAUGGGCACACCUUCAUCAAACUACCUGAGCACAUCUAUGCAGAGCAACUCACCAUUCCCCAACUUUGAACCCGACACACCGGACGCCUCGGGGCCAGGAACCUCCCAUCUCGACGGUGGACCAUCCUCUUUUUCGGAUAGAAGCGACUAUUUCUCAAACCAACCUACGCCCACACAGGCGCAACAGAAUGAGAGUGAUAAGAAUCCUAUGUCCCCGGCUGAUUCAACCACGAACUCAGCUGUUCCUCAAUCUCCAGCGGAACCUGACAAAGAAGAGCGCAAGAAGUCAUUGUUUGGCAAGAAGUUCCGCAUGGACUUCCCCAAGAAGCUUUCUCGGAAUUCUACGGAUACAAAGCCUCAAAUAUUGGAAGAGAAAGCGGAAGAGACAGAUAUUUCUUCUAUCAAAGAGGAGAAGGUUUAUGAACCGAACCUCCAUGGCGUAGUAGACCGGAUCCGCCAUGACUAUGAAGAAUUCCUGGCGUCAAACACAGACCGAGAACUGGAAACUGCCGUGUUGCCUAGCGACGAAAGUGAAACCCCCCGACUUAAUAUCCCUCCGCGGACUGCAGUGUUCAUACAGGAAGAAACCGGUGACACCGCUGUUGCAUCUGAUCUUUAUAGAGGCAGUGUGGGCUACAUCAGCGAAGAUCUUGAGAGACUGAAGAAAUCGAUUCCCCAUUGGCUCGGUGAGCUUCUAUUGAAGAACCAAAUUCCUUUCAAGGACCAGGUCAAAAUCGCUUUCGUGCUAAAACCCUUUGACGAUUCAUUACCGCCCGUUGUCAAGCCUGAGCCGAUUUUUCCCAAAUUGCGUGUUGAUACCCAGGCUAAUCCCACGGCUUCUCCUUCCAGUGCACCUCCCAACGGUGCUCCACCGAGCAACCUGAACGGCAAUAACAAUGGCUCACGCUUGAACGCCAACCGCAUGCUUCGAGCGAAGAAGGUACUUGCUUACGUCGCAGAGCGGAUCGACCCAGCAGAUCCGAACGAACCCGAGGACUCUAUCAUGCCGCCGGAAGAGUAUCUCGAGCUUUACUGCCAAAAGACGCUCUGUCCACCAAACAUGACUCUGGCAACGAUUCGCACACACCUCUGGCGCAGCUCGGGAGACAUGAUUCUCCACUACAAGACCAACGGCAAGAAAGAGAUACACCCGCCCCCAUCACUGCUUGGAAUUGAGGAGAACAGUACUUCACUGGGCGACUCCGCUGUUCCAAACGGCGAGAACCAUGCUUCUGCUCCCCCUGGAAGUAUCCACUCCAUGGCAAACUCUGGAUCUGUUGCCGGAUCUGUUGCCACUUAG